AUGGUGUCACCGCAGACAUCCUAUCCCUCCCACCGGGGCGGCAGGCAGCUGCUGGUCCAGCUGGCCGAAGGAGCAGCGGUAAAAGCGAACUUCCCGCUCCAGCAGGAGCCUCUCCUCACGCGGGCGGGAGCCGCGGUCCCUCGGGUGACCCCCGGGACCCCCGCGCCCCUCACAGCACCGGGGCCGCCUACUCCGGGGCUGGGGCUCCUCCGACCUUUACCCGAGGGGGUUUCUCAGCCCCAGGCCCUGCCGGCCUCGGCCUCGGCCCCGCGCUGCCUCCACCCCGCCCCUCGGCGCCUGCCGGCGGGCGGUGCCAGGCGGGGAUUGGCUGGCGACCGCGGCGGCGCCCACGACGCGCCCGAGAACACGCUGGCGGCCAUCCGACAGGCAGCUGAGAAUGGAGCAACGGGUGUUGAGCUGGAUCUUGAAUUUACUGCAGAUGGUGUUCCCAUUCUAAUGCAUGAUGAAACAGUAGAAAGAACAACUGAUGGGUCUGGAAGAUUGUGUGACUUGACUUUUGAUGAAAUUAGGAGGCUUAAUCCAUCUGCAAAACAUAGGCUAUGGAACAAAUUCCAAGGUGAAAAGGUACCAACACUGAGAGAAGCUGUUGUGGAGUCUAUGCAUCGCAAUCUUAUAAUCUACUUCGAUGUCAAAGGCCAUGCAAAUCAGGCAGUUGACGCCCUAAAACAACUCUACCUGGAAUUUCCGCAUUUGUAUAACAACAGCGUAGUCUGUUCUUUCAUGCCAGAUGUUGUUUAUAAGAUGAGACAAGCUGACAGAAAUGUUGUAACAGCACUAACACACAGGCCUUGGCAUCUGAGUCAUUUUGGAGAUGGGACACCCCGUUUCAGUUCCUCCUGGAAACAUUAUUUGUAUAUGAUGAUGGAUGUCAUUCUAGAUUGGAGCCUACACAGUUUCUUGUGGCGAUUAUGUGGGGUUUCAGCUUUCCUCAUACAGAAAAAUUUUGUUUCUCAAGAGUAUGUGAGGCAGUGGUCUUCAAAAGGAAUUCAAGUGGUUGCCUGGACAGUGAACACGUUUGCAGAAAAAAGCUACUACGAAAGCGUCCUUGAAUCCAGCUACAUCACCGACAGCUUGGUGGAAGACUGUGAUCCUCAUUACUAGACCUGUGCUUUGUAGACACUCACCAUCCUGAAUAAGCUAUCUUACUCGGACAGGUCUGAAUUCACCAUCGAGGGGGUAUCCACUAGUGCAGACGGGACCACUGACGAUAGUUUGGGAAAAGAAGGAGCAGUAGUUUAUUUCUGCUGUAUGGUCAGAUUUGGAAUGCAGAAAACCCUUCUGUUGCAACACCAGACAAAGCUGAGGUGCAGCCAUUUGCAGUCUGAGGACACGGCACUGUAACGUAGAAAGAUCAGAUUUGACAAGCUAACUGGGCAGUACACUGUGUGUGCAGGUUGCUUUAUAAUUCUCAGACUAUUGCUUUGUUUUGUUUAAAUCUUGGUUAUAAAGUCAUAUCAGCAAUUUUUGGUGGCAAAAUUUAAAUUCAUACCUUGAUUUUAGUAACGUAAAGAGUCUGCUCCACAACUGUAUAAUAAUUUGAGGUUGAUUUAUGGCAUCUUAAAAAUGUCUACAUUGGUGUUCUCAAAAAAGAACCUGAAAAUAAUGGUGCCAAAAUAGAGGGUGAGUAUAUUUCCCUCCUACUGCAUGGAAAGAUGGCUGUGCUGCAUCUUGACAAGGAAAAGAAAGCCAACUUUCCAUGUUCAAUGUGAAGACUAUGAGAAUUAACGAAUAAAACUUGAGCAUCUUCCUAUCUUCCAGACUUUUUAAAAGAACAAAGGGAAGAUAGAAGAUUACAUCUUCUAAUGAUACAGCACAUGAAUGUAUUUUUAAAAGAAAGCCAUAUAUUAAGUGCUGGUAGUAGUAGAACAAGUAGAGCUGGAAUGUCUUUUUAUUUUGCUUAUUGUUUGCGUGAUUGAAGGGCACUCACAAGGAUAUGUGGGAAACUGUAAUCCAGAUUUAACUUGAAAUCAAAAGUGUCUGUGGUUACAAUAAACAAGUAUCUGAUAGCUGACAGGUAUGGUAUUCUUUAUCAGCUGUGCACCAGUAGACUGAUGUAAAAUGUCAAAAUUAGUGCAGGUUCCUCACUGUUUUUUCUAACAAGUAAGACCCCCAGCUGUUCUCAUCACAGCUACCAUCAACAUGCCGUGAACAAUUUUGGCUCUGCUUUGGAAGAAGCUGGUAGUUAGAGAUGAUGGUCAAUGAUUAGCAAGAGCAGAAAACUCCUGUGGAGUCCGCCCGAACAUAAAUUAGACCACCUUUUCUUAAUGGCCAAUACAUGGAAUUACUAAGUUUAAUAAUUUAAUUUCAGAAGAAUGUGAUACUACUUUCCACAGAAAUGAGGAAUUUGAACAUUUAACUGACUGGUUACCUGCUGCAGGUCAUUCAGACCUAAUCUCACAAGAUACCUUGGACUGCAUGUGUAGCGAUUUGUAUGUUUGACUAGAAAGCGUAACCGUGUUUUAGUAAGGUAGUUCCUUGUGCUACUUCAGUGCUGUUGAACUCCUUGUUUCCAGGUUGCUGUGUUUUGUGCAGCACUGUACCCUGGGUGAUCGCUUUCGGAUGUGCUAGGGGAAAGCUGCGCUCACCAGAAACGGAAGAGCACAUUGCAUGGAUUGGUGGUGCAGUGUGGUGCAUUGCUUUGGAUAUAAAUGUUCUUGAUAGUGUGCCUGACAGCCAGUUAGUGCUCAUGCACAGAGCCAACUGAGAUUUUUAAAAAAACCUUCCAUAAAAGAGGCAAAAGGUAAUAACAAAAAUUAAAAUUAGUCAUUGGUGGAAAGAACUACACAAUUGUCCCAAUUAAGGUAAGUCCAAACUUCUGAAUUAGCAGCAGACUAACACUACCUUCUGCACAGGGUGAUGUUUUUUUUUUUUUUUUUUUUUUUUGCUUGUGUCUUGCGCUAUAUGUAAGCACAAAGAAACACAGGAGUAAAGAGGUGGUUUUUCCUGUCAGGAUGACGAGAGCCCCUUCAGUUCAUGUCACUCAUCCACCUGGCACUGCAGAACCAACAAUCUCAGUCUUGUGCACAUCCUAUAGCAUGUGUACGUUACGCCCUCAACCAGUUUCUGUCCAGCCAUUUCAUGAGUGCCGUAGCCUCUACCUUUCCUGCUGUGCUCUACAGGUGCUCCCGAGCGGCCAUCGGACCAUCGGAAGAGCAAGUGACCCUUCACGGCAAGUGGCCCUUGCUCCAACGGUCCAUUUUUUGUUGCUGCUUGAGUUGCUGGCACUGUGGAGUCACUGCCCCCAGUGCAAACGCUAGGCCCAUUUUCACUGUUCACAGCCAGACUCCACAGCUAUAUGUGCAGAAAAACAUAGUAAAACUG